CUCACGGUCUCCCUCUCGCUCCAAGCUGGCUAUGGACCCCACAGAGACCCUCGCUCAGACUAUUGCUCGUCUCCUGCCAAACGGCCUCGGCGCACGAGGCGACGAGGAGCGAAACCCGGUCACCUUCCCCGACCGCUCGCUCCACGUCCUCGUCGCCCUCAGCGGCAGCGUCGCCUCGAUAAAGACUCCGCUCAUCGUCCGACGACUCCUCGAGCACGACCAAGUCGACGUCCAGGUCGUCGCAACAAAGGGCGCAACCCACUUCUUCGACGCUCAAGAGCUCGAGGCAGAGCAUGGCGGCAAGGUCAAGGUCUGGACCGACCAGGACGAGUGGGCCGGCUGGCAAAAGGUUGGUGAUCCCGUGCUGCACAUCGAGCUGCGACGGUGGGCCGACGUCGUCCUCGUCGCGCCCUGUUCGGCCAACACGCUCGCCAAGAUCACCCACGGCAUCUGCGACAACAUCCUCACCUCGUUCCUGCGCGCCCUACCGACCUUCGUCCCCGUGCACCUCUUCCCCGCCAUGAACACGCACAUGUUUGCGCACCCGCUCACGGCCAAGCAGCUCGCCGUCGUGCGGGACGAGCUCGGGUACAACGUCCACGGCCCGAUCGGCAAGAAGCUCGCGUGCGGCGACAUUGGGAUCGGCGCCAUGACCGAGUGGAGCGACAUCGUCCAGCUCGUCGUCGACGAGUACGGGCUCGACCGGCGGGAACUGUGAGUCGGCGAGUCGAGCUUUGCCUGAGCGCCGCCGGUUGUUGUACUCUCUCCUGCAUUCAGACCGUUCUCGCG